UUGAAUACCAAUGAGGUCAUGGCUUCACCGCCAGGCAAAGAGCUCCAAUCCACUUGUCGGUCCACUGCAAACGUCUGGGAUGAGGAAAAAAACCACUGACAAAUGAAAUUACUGAGUAAGAAGGAAGUUCCUGUUUUAUAGAAAAGAACCAUAACCAGAAACAUUCCAUUAUUUUGGACUGAUUUAUAGGAACCUCUGCUUUGCUUCACGCCUGCUGUUUGCCAGCUAAAGCCUGAGUGGUCGUUCCAGAGUUACAACACUGCACAGAGACGCGGAUUUUCUCAAAGCCCAAAGCUGAUCUCUGCAGGCAAUCUGUGGCUGAACGGAGCAGCUGAGCGACGUUAAGCACCAACUCAACCUCCCAGGCAGCUUCUCUCCACAUUCACAUCUAUGUUUCAGCAGAACAUGCCUCGGGAACACCUACGGAUCCUCCUCUGUGUGUUCACAGUCUUCACAUCACUGGUGGUGGGUGUAGAGGAAACGCAGAGGAGUGAUGAGUGCGCCGACCUCAACAACCCCACCUGGCAGGACCGCCGUCAGCACAGAGUCAAGCUGCAGGUCCAGUACCUGCUGCUGACCAGGAGAAACAUGGACUGUGCUCAGAUGUUCAGCCGGGAGUCUCUCACAGAAACACAGCAGCAGCAGAAGUCCUACUUCAACGUCUCCCGUCCAACAAAGGUCAUCGUCCACGGGUACAGGGCGUUGGGCAGUAAGCCGUCCUGGCUGAUGCAGCUGGUCCACUCCGUGCUGUGGGCGGAGGACGUGAACGUGGUGGUGGUGGACUGGAUCUACGGCGCCUCCUUCGCCUACAACCUGGUGGUGGAGAACUACAAGGAUGUGGCUCUGCAGAUCUCCGUCCUCAUCAACCAGCUGCAGGAACAUGGAUGCAAACUGGAGUCCUUCCACUUCAUCGGGGUCAGUCUCGGGGCGCACGUCGCUGGCUUUGUGGGAACUCUGUUUGAGGGGAAGAUAGGACGGAUCACAGCUCUGGAUCCUGCUGGACCGAUGUUUAAAGGAGCCGACACCUUCGACCGGCUCGACUCCUCCGACGCUCUGUUUGUUGAUGCGAUCCACACCGACUCCGACUAUUUUGGGAUUUCCAUCCCUGUCGGUCACCUGGAUUUCUUUCUGAACGGAGGAGAGCCAGACCAGACGGGAUGUUCCCGCUCCAGGUUCGCCUCAAUUCUGGUCUACUUCCCAGUGUAUGGUUAUGUCAUAUGCGACCACAUGAGGGCCCUGCACGUCUACAUAAGCGCGCUGAACAGCUCGUGCCCUCUGAUUGGGAUCCCUUGCUCCAGUUAUGAGGACUUCCUGAAGGGCCGCUGUUUGGACUGUGACGUGUUCAAGGGGAGGUGUCCAACUAUAGGUUUAUCUAAAAACAGCGGGAUCUCCGUUUCUCCAGUUCCCAAAGAGCAGAAGCUGUUCCUCCUCACGACUUCAUCAGCACCGUUCUGCUCUCAUCACUUCCUGCUGCAGCUGGAGGUUUCUCCUCUGGAUAAGAGCGCUGAGGUGGAGGUGACGCUGGUGACGGGGAACCUGGGAACAGAGAAGAGGUUCAGGCUUCAGACGGAUACGACGGUGUACAGGUUGGUGCUGUCUCACCCCGUCGCUCUGUGUGAGAUCGACUCCAUCAAGCUGAAGAACACCGGAAACCGAUUCUACAGACAGUCAGAGGUCCACGUCAGAUCCGUCUGCCUCUCCGAGUUCCCAACGCUCAGGCGCGAGGAGCCGCUGUGCGUGAACAACAUCAACGUCAGGCGAGGAGCUCCGUGGUCACAUGACUUUGUCCAGGUCUGUGGUGUCUUCUAGAGACAUGAGAUCUACUCCUUCAUCUCCAGUGAAGAAACCCAACAGGAAUUCAGUCUCACAUUCUCACCACCUUGUUUCCCUAUCAGAGAACCAAAGAAAUGCUUCACUCUACUACUAACUGACAACAUGCAGUCUAGUUAAACUUUGUUAUCUAGUUAUUUGUCUAAUCUACUGAUCUCCUAACAUCACGACUGGAUCUGUUGUACCUUUAUAUUUAUAUUUUUUUUGUUAUUCAAGUUUACCUCUUAGCUUCUUCCUGCAGCUCUGAGAAGUGUUGAAACAAUAAAAAUAAAUAAACUGGUGACGUAGAAAUAAACUCUGUUGAUGUAGAUUAAAGUU